GGGCGGUUUGAUUGCUCCCAAGCCAUCUGCAACAGCGAUUCGCUGCACACAUAUAUCGUAUCCUUAUUACUCCUCAACUGUCUCGUGUCUAGGAGCCUCAUGCUCGCACUAUUGUUGCAUUGAGCUGAAGCUAUGGCGACGAGCAAGAGUGAAACGUCGAGGCUGGCUUUCCUUGCAGUCCUUCUGGCACAAUUCGUUCUGCAGGUGCCCAGUGUAAGUGGUGGCAGACUUGUCCCAGCUGUAGUAUCUCAUGGAAGUAGUCCAGAUAAAUCAAUAUGGAGAGAUGGGUUCGCACCAGGAGUUAAACUCAAUGCACGUAGUCUGAGGGCGGAGAGGGAACUAUCUGUUGACCAAGAAGAAACUAAGAACACUUUUCACAAGGCUCCUGUGGGUCAGGUGAAGACCGUCGAAAAGCCACCAGCACCCAAGGAGCAUCAUCCUUGCCCUGGUCCAGGAGGUAAUGGCCAAAGUGGGUCAGGAAACGCUGGUGGUAAAGGGGGCGACGGGGGUGGCUGUGGAGGUGGACGAGGAGGUCGCGGAGGAGGACCUGGAAGCCCAGGAAGUCCCGGUGGAGAUGGUGACAGCGGAGGGGGUGGCGGAGGAGGUGGUGGAGGAGGUGGAGGUGGUGACGGUGGUGAUGGAGGCGACGGUGGUUGGGCAAAGGUCACUCACGUUGACGAUUCAAAAACUUUUGCAGCAGGAAUGAAGGACGGAAACAACGGCGGUUGGGGAAAUUCGCCGUCAAACAAUGGCGGCUUUAAAACUCCGCCCACAAGUGAUACUAACAACGGAGAUGGAGACCAUGACGAUGAUCACGACCACGACGAUGACAAUAACGAUGAUCACGAUGACGACGAUGACCACGAUAAUGACCAUAGCGGCGGACUUCCAGACAUCAUCCCUGCAAAUCCUUUUCAUAUGCCUCCGAUUCCUGGAGUCGGUAAGAGUCCGAGUGGUGGUGGUGGUAGUGGCGGCGGCGGCGGGGGCGGGGGAGGUGGUGGCGGUGGCGGUGGAAACAGCGGGAUAUGCAUCGGCUUCUGUCCGGGAGCAGGCGGUGGCGGUGGCGGUGGCGGAGGUGGACACCAUUAGCUCCAUUCUAUCUACUAGUUUCGAUGCAGCAAGACGAUGACAGUAUGUAACUUGCGAUGAUCGAUCCAGAAUAUGGCGUGAUUCGUGUAUAGUAAAACUCGGGAUAUGGCCACAGCACAAUACCAUGUAGAAGUAAUGCAAGCAGCCCGAGAAUUGUGAGGCGAACUUGAACGAUAGUGCUUAACUUCAAACAAAUAAGUGAGGUGUUCUGCACUGUCUCCAGCAGAAUCAGGUGAUCCGGUGUGCUUUAGAACGAUAUCCGUACAGGAAAAAAAUAAAAAAAUAAAAAAAUAAACUAGAAGCAUUUUGAAUACCACAUUGCAGUCAACAUUGUGUUGAUCGGUGUGAAUGUUCGUUGUUAGCUCACAAGUAUGAAACUGACAAACACGGUGAUUGACUGCGAGCUUA